AUGAGGGAUGAUUCUCCUCCUCACACAGCUGCGGUGACUCCUACACCUACGCCAUCUGUUACACCCCAGCAAGGGGAGAGUGGAGCUAGUCACCAUACUGGUGAGACUAGUCUGCCCACUGUUGAUCCUACUUUUGUUGCUCAAACUUCUGUUGUUGCUGAGCAGUUUGAUGAGGCUGUUGAUGAGGAGAGGAGACUUAUUUCCUUCAGAAAACAUAAACCUCAUACGUUUCUGGGGUCAAAGUACCCAAAGGUUGUGACUACCUGGCUGCAGGGGAUGGACAAGAUUUUCCAGGUUAUGAGGUGUCCAGAUCCUCAGAAACUUAGUUAUUCUGUAUAUAUGCUGGAGGGUGAUGCACACGAGUGGUGGUGCAAUACUUCUCGUCCUUAUGUUAUUCAAGAGUAUUUUUCCAGGGAUAUCCAGGAAGCAGAGUUGGGUCAGGGAUCUUUAUCUGUUGUUGCUUAUUUGGCCAAGUUUAAUGAAUUGGUCAAGUUCGCUAUUUAUGGGGGUACUCUGCCUACUCUGAAUUUCUUAUCUGCAAAGUAUCCAAAAUCUAGUUCUGCCAGAGAUCAAGAGGUAAAGAGGACGGCUGGUCCUUCAGGUUCUAAUUAUAGGGGUGGUUACCAUUAUAAUAAUAAUAGAGGUAGGGGGUUGCAAGUAAGGCAACCUCCUGGUCAAUUCAAGAGAGAUGAUGCCCAGAGGGGUGGAUUUAAUAACAUAAAUUCUACACCACAGUGUGAAAAAUGUAAGAGGUACCACAUGGGUCCUUGUACGGCUGGUCCAAAUUCUUGUUUUAUAUGUGGUAAGGUUGGACAUUAUGUUAGGGAGUUUUAUAGAAAUAUUGGGCAGGCUGCAAAUCUGCAGGCCUUGCCAUUUGUUCAUACUGUGGGACAUGUGUAUACUACCAAUGUGCAACAGACAAAAGAAGCACUGAAUCUGGUUAAAGGAGUGAUGCAUUCUUUCAUCGCAGAAUAUGUGGCUAAGGGAUUAAAUUUAAUGGUUGGUGAUCUGGGUUAUGUACUACUGGAUGGACUUGUUGGUGAUAAGGAAGAGGAAAUUCUGAAUAUUCCGAUGGUUAAUGAAUUUGUGGAUGUAUUUCUUGAUGAAAUAUCGGAUUUCCACCUGAGAUGGAGAUUGAGUUCUCCAUUGAUCUGUUUCCUGCUGAAUAAGAUUACUAUUAAGAACAGGUACCCUUUGCCACGCAUUGAUGAUCUUCUGGACCAGUUGAGGGGAGCGUGUGUAUAUUCUAAGAUUGAUCUCCGGUCUGGAUAUCACUUGAUCCGGAUUAAGCCAGAGGAUGUGCCUAAAAUGGUGUUCCGAGCCAAAUACAGACAUUUUGAAUACCAGGGUAAAGCUAAUGUAGUGGCAGAUGCUUUGAGCAGGAAGUCUGUCAGUUUGUCUCUUAUGAUGAUGUGGGAUAAUGAGUUACUGGAGAAGAUUAAAGAGACUCAAAUACAAAAUGAUAGUGUUAAGUAUCUGAAGGGCCAGCGUGGCAUAUCUUGGAAUGAACAUGGACUAUUAUUAUAUUAUGGCAGGAUUGUUGUGCCAAAGGUGUUAGCAGAGGAGGUUAUGACCAAGCCCCAUAAGGGUCAGUAUGCUAUUCAUCCAGGUGCGACGAAAAUGCAUCAAGAUCUGAAAGUGAAAUUCUGGUGGCCUGGGAUGAAAAAGGAUGUUGCAGAACUUACGAAGUCUGCACAUUUUCUGCUAGUGCGAGUGGAUUUCUCUACUGAGAGAUUGGCAAAGCUUUAUAUGAAUGAAAUAGAAACUACUGUGCAGAUUGAGAUGAUUAGAGAGAAACUGAAACAUGCACAGAAUCGACAGAAAAGCUAUUAUGAUAAUAAACAUAGACUGCUUGAAUUUGAAGAAGAAGACCAUCUAUUUGUGUGGUUAUCUUCGGUUACGGGUGUUGGCCGUGCAUUGGGAGUAAAGAAGCUGAGUCCUAAAUUUAUUGGGUCGUAUCAGAUUAUGAAAAAUGUUGGAUUAGUGGCCUAUCAGAUUGCCUUAUCUCCCCAGUUAGCCAAUCUACAUGAUAUUUUUCAUGUGUCACAACUACGACGUUAUAUUCUGGAUGAAUCACAUGUGGUGAUACCGGAUGAUAUUGAAAUUCGGGAGAAUCUGAAGACUCUUGUCAGGCCUGUUGAUAUACUUAACCGCAGUGAAAAGAGACUGAGAAGCAAGAUUAUUCCAAUGUUAAAGAUUCAGAGGGGAGGACGCACACCUGAGGAGGCUACUUGGGAGUGGGAGGAUGAGAUUCUCUGCCUAUAUCCUAAGUUAGAGGACAACAUCACAUCAUUUCAAUUCAUCAAGGACCCUGAAACUCUUACCUCCAAUAGUGGAAACUUCACCUUGGGGUUCUUCAGCACUGACUCUACAAAUCGCUAUGUAGGAAUUUGGUGCAAGUCCAACCUCACUGUCACAUGGGUGGCUAAUAGAAACCAACCACUGAAUGAUUCUUCUGGGGUUGUAACAAUAUCUGAAGAUGGCAAUCUUGUGGUAUUGAAUGGAAACAAACAGGUUCUUUGGUCAUCAAAUGUGUCCAAUAUUGCAUCCAAUUCUACUUCCCAACUUUCAGAUUAUGGAAGCCUUCUCUUGCUGGAUAACACAACAGGAAACACCAUAUGGGAGAGUUUCAACAAUCCUUCAAAUACUUGGUUACCCCAUAUGAAAAUUACAAGCAACAAAAUAACAGGGGAGAAAGUAGAACUUACAUCAUGGAAAAGCCUUUCUGAUCCAUCCAUUGGAAGCUUUUCUUCUAGUGUUGAACGCCUAAAGAUUCCUGAAGUGUUCAUUUGGAAUGGAACCCAGCCAUACUGGCGCAGUGGUCCAUGGAAUGGUCAAGUUUUUAUAGGGGUACUAAACAUGGGAACUUUGUAUCUCAGUGGUUUUCAAGUUCAAGAUGAUGGUAAUGGAACAAUUGAUGUAUCUUUUACGGUAUAUGGGAUAGGACCCUUAAUGUAUACCUUGAAUUCCCAAGGCCAAUUGCUGGAAAAUCAAUGGGAUGAUGAGCAGAAGCAAUGGCAAGUUACAUGGAAUAGUCACGAAUCAGAUUGUGAUGUUUAUGGUAUAUGUGGCGCAUUUGCAAGCUGUAGUUCACAGGGCUCACCAAUAUGUAGCUGUUUGAAAGGGUUUGAGCCAAGGAACAAAGAGGAAUGGAAUAGACAAAACUGGACUAAUGGAUGUGUUAGAAGCACACCUCUGCAGUGUGAAAGGACCAACAAUCAAAACACAAGUGUGGAUAGUAAUAAAGCAGAUGGGUUUUUGCCAUUGCAGAUGGUCAAAGUUCCUGAUUUUGCACAAGGGUCAUCUGUUACACAAGACACAUGCAGAAGCGGGUGCUUGGAGAAUUGCUCUUGCAUUGCAUAUGCAUAUGAUGAUGCAAUUGGCUGUAUGUCUUGGAAUGGGAACCUAAUUGAUAUACAACAAUUCCCAAGUGGAGGAACUGAUCUUUACAUUCGUGUAGCCUAUACAGAACUUGGUGUGCCAGGGCUUUGCACCCAGCAAAGAAAAAAUAACAGUGGAUUUAUUCGAUUUAACAAAGGUGAAACAUCUGAAUCUGUAGAACACACAAACGACAAUGUAAUUGGAGAAUUAUCACAAGCUAAGCUACAGGAGCUAUUACAUUUUAGCUUUGAAAAGCUUGCAACUGCCACAAACUACUUCCACUUAUCCAACAAACUUGGCCAGGGUGGUUUCGGUGCAGUAUACAAGGGGAAACUGCAAGAUGGUAAGGAAAUAGCAGUUAAAAGACUUUCUAGAGCAUCUGGACAAGGUCUAGAAGAAUUCAUGAAUGAAGUUUUGGUAAUUUCUAAGCUUCAACACCGCAAUCUUGUAAAACUUCUUGGCUGCUGUAUUGAAGGAGAAGAAAAGAUGCUGAUAUAUGAGUACAUGCCAAAUAGAAGUUUGGAUGCAUAUGUGUUUGAUCCAUCAAAAAAUAAACUCUUGGAUUGGAGAAAGCGCUUUAACAUAAUAGAAGGAAUAGCUAGAGGAUUGCUUUAUCUCCACAGAGAUUCCAGGCUAAAAAUCAUACAUAGAGAUUUGAAGGCAAGUAAUAUCUUGCUAGAUGAGGAGCUAAAUCCAAAAAUAUCAGACUUUGGCAUGGCAAGAAUCUUUGGAGGGAGAGAAGAUCAAGCCAAUACCCAAAGGAUUGUGGGAACCUAUGGCUAUAUGUCCCCUGAAUACGCCAUGCAAGGAAUGUUUUCUGAGAAAUCAGAUGUCUUUAGCUUUGGAGUUUUGCUACUUGAGAUUGUUUGUGGAAGACGAAACUCAAGCUUUUAUGACAAUGAAAAUUCUCUUACCCUCUUGGGACUUGUCUGGAUACAAUGGAAGGAAGAAAAUGUUAUAUCUUUAGUAGAUCCAGGAAUAUAUGAUCCUAGCCUUGAAAAGCAUAUUAUGAGGUGCAUACACAUAGGACUUUUGUGUGUACAAGAAUUUGCUGCAGACAGGCCCAAUAUGGCUGCAGUAAUUUCUAUGCUUAACAGUGAGAUUGCGGAUCUUCCUCCUCCAAGGCAACCUGCAUUCAUCCUGAGGCAGAAUAUGCUUAGUUCACUAUCCUCCGAUGAAAGCCUUAAAUUGUACUCCAUCAACAAUGUUAGUAUUACAGACAUCCAUGGCAGAUAG